AAUUACAAGUGGAUGGACGGCGAAGAUUUCAACUACACCAAUUAUGUCCCUUCGCCUUUUUACGAGGGAUCGGAUUGUUUUAGGAUGAAUGCUGCAGAUGGAUAUAAGUGGACAGAUGAUCUUUGUACCAGCAAAAAUCACUUUAUAUGUGAAAAAGACAUAGGUGUUACGCUCGAAGAGGAAAUAAAGAUAAGAUCAUUUAUUGUCGGGAGAAAAGGAAACGUCCCAAUUGCUCAAAACAUUUUUUCCAAUGAAUUUUCGUCGAACCUAAUGAGAUGCGGCUCAUCGUGCAUCUCCAAUUCGAGUUGUUCAAUCUUUGCUUACAAGGAGAAGACACGGGAGUGUAUUCUUGCUAACCCAUUGAACCAAGUGGAUAGUUCUGAUGACUCUGAUGUGUACUUUCUUAAAGUGAAUACACCAGAAGGCAACUCAAAGCGAAUCUUUGUUAGCGACGAGCAGGGGAAAAAGCUAUGGACGGCCGACAUCAUCAAAAUGCAAUUCAGCGAGAUACCAAGCUUUGUGACGUACCCAUUGAAAGCUACGUACGAUCCGGUCAAAGGUUAUGCAUACGUUGCAGAAUCAAUCUACCAAUUGAAUAGGAUUAGACUGGAUGGCUCCUAUCAGCAACAGAUGAAUCUAACAAGUGGCGCUGGAAAUCGUAUCAUGGAUCUAUCACUCGAUGAUCGAUAUCGCCGUCUGUAUGUGGUCUUAUCCCCACCCGAUGUCAUCGUCGAGUACGAUAUCGAUUACAACGAUGUUUCGCCGAGUGACUUCAUCAAUACUGGCCUUGGUACUCCUAAGGCCGUGCACGUUGUCAGCUCUAAAGGGCAUGUCUAUUUCAGCCAUGAUGGUACUAUUGAACGUAUCGAUUGUGAUGGAAUCAAUCGCAUGGUCGUCUUCUCAGGUUCCCCACUCUCAGAUGUUAUCGCUUUAACCGUUGAUUCAGACACCGAAAAAAUCUUCCUAGUGGAUUCCAACGUCGAAGACAUCAUCUACAUGGAUUUGGAUGGGUCAAACGUAGCGUAUUUUCUGCAGGCAGCAGUAACGGUCAGAGGGCUGGGCUACUAUGGCGGAUUGUUAUACUGGGUAGACGGCGAUGAUUCCAUGCUUCGUGUCUCAUCAACCACCCAAGGUUCCACCGUUACAACAGAAGGGGGUUCUAUCUUUGCAGAUGCAAGGGCGAUUUCGAUCAAUUGAUACAUUAAUUAUCAUCAGUAAUUCCUAGAUAUUUCGACAGAAGGGGCGAGACAUGAUCUCAUUUCUCAAUGAAAAUAAGAGCUAAACGGUAGAAAACUCUCUUUCUUAUGCUAUUUUGCCCCUUCAGUCCAUUUCUACCUUCCUUUUUUUAUACAUAAGUUGUUCCCUCUUUUUCCCCCUUUCACUACUUGCAAAUUAUAAGGGCGGCAGCAUCCUGCGCCCGCCAUCCCUCUGGUUCCGUCCCUUAUUCCAUUAUGAAGGACAUGAAAACCAAAUUUGGUCCAUACGAUCUUUUAUGAUUCUCAAUCCUACCCACUGAAUUUCUUGGUCAUAGCAAUAUCUAGUCUUAUUUUACAGGUUCCUGAAAAAUUUGUGUCGGGUUUCUCAUGAAAAAUUGAUAAACCCGAGUAUCGAGCUGCUUAAAUGCAUGGUCCCAGCUUGGCAUGACCGUCGGGCAGAUUAGGUGAACAUGCCCCCUCAUUUGCCACAGUUAAAACGUGGCAAAGACAGUGUUGACGAUAGACCAAGUUCAAGGAGGUUGUUGACAGCAACAACUUCAGAGAACAACGAACUCUUCCUCGGCAUGGAUCGCGGCAAUCUUAACAAGAGGUAUCAAAUCAUAAAAUCAGAGGUAUCUACAAGCUUGGUACCAUAACUUUGUACUCCUGGACAAAAGCACACCACCCGCAGAAUGAAAACUUGGCAUUUGUUAAGGCUAACCCGUCCGAAUUCUGGGAACGAUUUGUGACUUAGGUUCGAAACUAUCAGCCUGACACCGAUGAGCAUUGAAUACAAUGGAAGCAUCCCAUGUCAGCAAUUCCAAAGAAGGCAAAGUCAAGUUCGUCCAUUUAUUUAUGAGACACUUGAAACAGGAACCUGUAAAUUUUACAUAUAAAGGACCAGAUAUUUUUUAUGACAAAGACAUUGUUUGUAGGAUAUCAGAAAUGAGAAAGAUUUUAUAAACCAAAAUUGGUCUUGAUAUCUCAAUUCUUACUCUCUUAAGAUCCAAAGUUUUCAGUCGCCCCUCGCAUAUCUGAGAAGAUAUGCGAUCCAAUUGCAUUUCACAUACAAGGAACACUGCCUUCAUAUAAAAAUAGCUAAAGGGGCGACAGAAUUAGAGGGAAUUAAGACUUCUACAAAGUGGAGUCCUUUUUUUCUAAAUCGAACAAUACGGAUGUUAAAGAUUUCCCUUACCUUAUUUCCUCUUAUUCUGUGGUCUUUCUUUUCAUUUGUAUACGGUUCUUUUUGUUGUUGUUUAGACUAUACUUGGAAAAAAGUAGGAAGAGACGCCCUCUGCCUCAACCCCUGCCAUACGAGCAGGGCAGUGUCAAAUUAAAGUAAUGGAGCAAAAAACGGGA